AUGUAUGAAACGAUUUGUCUAGCAGUGGAACAAAUAGAUUGGGAGAGACGAACAGAUCAUUUCGUGGCCUGUUUUGAGCUACAGUUUAAGAACCUGAAGGCUGCAGAUCUCUUGAGCAAAUUUGUAGUAUGUGCCCCACCUAACUUCCUUCAGCUGUUCUCCCUGCUGCAGAGUACUUCCCUUUCCUGUGUGACUUUUCCUCUCUGUAUUCUGUUUCCACAGCAAUCAGGACUUUAUGAAUAUAAAAUCUACUGUAUUCUUGAUGACUGCCCCCCAAAACUGUGUAUGGAUGUCUAUAUGAAUUUAGAUUACAGAAAGCAGUGGGAUAAGUCUGUGAAAGAACUAUAUAAAGAAACAUAUGAUGGUGAAAAAGUAAUCUACUGGGAAGUGAAACACCCUUAUCCUCUCUCCAACAGAGACUAUGUCUAUAUUCGUGAAUGUCGAGAGCUGGAUGUUGAUGGACAGAAGAUCUGGGUUGUUUCAGCUCAAAGUGUGUCUGCUUCUCAGUGCCCUGAAAAGCCUAGUGUUAUCGGAGUUAAAAGCUACAGUCUGACAAUUGGAAGUGAUGGCAAGACUGGAUCUAAAGCUUAUAUGUACUAUUUUGAUAAUCCUGGUGGUGAGAUUCUGUCCAGGCUGGUCAAUUGGAUUGCCAAGAGUGGUGUGCUUACUUUCUUGAAGGAUAUGCAAGAAGCUUGCCAUAAUUAUUCUAGGAGCACAUAG